AUGCAUAAUCGAACAACCCAAUCUUCUAUGAGAAGAAACAAUUGUGCGGAAGCAUAUCAUCAAAGAAUUAAUUCAACUUUCCAAUGUGCUCAUCCGACGCUGUGGCUCUUUGUACAAAAAUUAAUCGAUGAAGAAAACGUUGUUCACGCUGAUCUGGUUCACAUCAACGCUGGUGAACCACCGAAGAAAAAGAAAAUCAAUGAACGUCUGGAAAGACGUCUGUUAAAUCUUCUGACUACCAAUCACGCUCAUAUAGCUGUACAACUCAAUUCGAUUGCCUAUAGUAUUUCUCUAUAA